ACUUCCGCGUCUUCCUUCUUACUUCUUUCUCUCUCCUCUAAAUUUCUUCUUCCACACUCACAAAUUUCCAAAAAUCCCUCACUUUUUUUUUUCUUCUCUGAUUUCACUGAUUCAUUCAUUGAUUGAUUCAAUUUGGACCGUUUGAUUCGCCGGAGAUUAUGAGCGACGGCGGAGAAAGCUCUUCGGGAUCAACCGGAAUGGACGUCGGAGCAUCGCCGGCGCCAUUACCGCCGACGGCGAACAAAGGAGGUGAGAAGCAAAAGGAGAAGGAAAAAGCUAGGGUUAGCAAAACUUCGGCGAUUUUAUGGCAUGCUCAUCAAAACGACGCCGCUGCGGUGCGGAAGCUUCUCGAAGAAGAUCGUACUCUUGUUAAUGCUAGAGAUUAUGAUAAUCGAACUCCUCUUCAUGUUGCGUCGCUUCAUGGUUGGAUUAAUGUUGCUCAGUGUUUGAUUGAUUUUGGCGCUGAUGUCAACGCUCAAGAUCGCUGGAAAAACACCCCUCUAGCGGAUGCUGAAGGUGCAAAAAAACAUGGAAUGAUCGAGCUUUUGAAGACAUAUGGUGGUUUAUCUUAUGGACAAAAUGGAAGCCAUUUUGAACCAAAAGCUGUUCCCCCGCCCUUGCCAAACAAGUGUGACUGGGAGAUCGAUCCUGCUGAGCUGGACUUUUCACAUUCAGCAAUAAUUGGAAAGGGAUCAUUUGGUGAGAUCUUGAAAGCCUACUGGCGAGGAACUCCAGUUGCAGUCAAGCGCAUACUUCCAUCUCUUUCAGAUGAUAGACUGGUUAUUCAGGAUUUUAGGCACGAGGUCAUUUUACUGGUGAAGCUUCGUCAUCCUAACAUUGUUCAAUUUCUUGGAGCUGUUACUGAGAAAAAGCCCUUAAUGUUGAUCACUGAGUAUUUGCGAGGGGGCGAUCUUCAUCAGUACCUUAAAGAAAAGGGAGCUCUUAGUCCAACAACAGCUAUAAAUUUUGCAUUGGACAUUGCAAGGGGAAUGGCUUAUCUGCAUAAUGAACCUAAUGUCAUAAUCCACCGAGAUCUAAAGCCAAGGAACGUGCUCUUAGUCAACUCUAAUGCUGAUCAUUUAAAAGUUGGAGACUUUGGACUAAGCAAGCUCAUCAGAGUUCAGCAUGCUCAUGAUGUGUACAAAUUGACUGGCGAGACAGGAAGCUACCGCUAUAUGGCUCCUGAAGUAUUUAAGCAUCGGAAAUAUGACAAGAAGGUUGACGUUUUCUCCUUCGGCAUGAUAUUGUAUGAGAUGAUUGAAGGAGAGCCUCCAUUGGCAAGCUAUGAACCAUACGAGGCAGCAAAAUAUGUGGCUGAAGGACACAGGCCUACGAUUAGGUCUAAAAACUUUGUCCCGGAACUGAGAGAGUUAACUGAACUGUGUUGGGCUGCUGACAUGAACAAUAGGCCUACCUUCUUGGAGAUUCUUAAGAAACUUGAGAAAAUAAAAGAUAAUCUUCCAGCAGAGCAUCACUGGCACUUCUUUUCUGGAUGACAAACUCUGCAUUAUUGAGCUCGUAGUCUGACGACUUGCUUAUUUUUUUUACCAUCACUGUCGAUUGUUCGUUCAUACUCACAUCCGCUGUGCAAAACUGGCUCAAGGUAUCACCAUUUCAAGCUUUAUCAAUCCCUUGAUUUUGUUUGAAGGGUGUAACACCUGUUUAUUAGCUACCAUCAUUUGAACAUUAUUUUUUAAGUCGGGUCAUUAGCUAGCAUGUCCAAUUCUAGCCAAUGCACCUUGUUCAAACAUUAUAGGGUUUCUAUUACAGAUCUUCAGUCUCAUUUUUGUAUCGCUUUGGUGGGGUUAGAUUAUUACGUGUUUGGUGUUGUAUUCACAUUUGAAAGUUCAAAUUUUUUUUCCCCUUCCUGUAAAUUGUACUAUUUGUGUCGUAUGUUUGUAAUUUCUCGCUUUUUUUUCCCUUUUCUCAUAGGCUUUGUAAAUGACCUAUUCUAAUGGAAAUUGAAAAAUAAGCGUUUCCAGCA